CAGUCAGGAUGGAGGUGAAGCUGCUGUUUCUCUCUGCUGUUCUUCUCUCCUCAGCACUCCUCACACUGGGUGACCCGUUAUAUGUGCUGUCGGCUCCUAAUCUGCUGAGAGUGGGUUCAUCAGAGAACGUGUUCGUGGAGGCGCAGGAUUACAUUGGAACAGCCCUUAAUGUGAUGAUCACAGUAACAAACCACCCAAAGAAAGACAAGCAGAUCCUGACCAAAUCAGUGAAUCUGAACGCACAAAACAAUUUCCAGAUCCUCACAGAUAUAAAGAUCCCUGAUGAUCAGAACUUAUUCUCUGAUGACCCUCUGGAGAAGCAGUAUGUGUAUCUGCAAGCUGAAUUUCCAACGCAAACUCUGGAGAAAGUGGUCAUGCUGUCCUUCCAGUCUGGAUAUAUAUUUGUACAGACUGACAAGUCUAUCUACACGCCUGGGAGUGCAGUCCUGCACAGGACUUUUUCCCUGAUGCCAAAUAUGAAACCACUCAGUCAGUGUGGAAUCCAAGUGGAAAUCAUGAAUCCACAAGGCAUCACUAUUUCAUCAGAGAAGUCAUUUCCAGUAAAAGGUAUGAAGUCUGGAAAAUACUACAUCCCCGAGGUUGCCAGUCUUGGCAUCUGGAAGGUAAUCACACGAUUCGCAAACACUCCUCAGAAGACGUUUACUGCAGAGUUUGAGGUCAAAGAAUACGUGCUUCCAACAAUUGAGGUGAAAUUACAACCCAGUAAACUAUUCUACUAUGUGGGCGAAGAAAGUCUGACAGUCGACAUCAAAGCCAAGUACCUGUUUGGAAAGCAGGUGGAAGGAAAUGCGUUUGUGAUGUUUGGUGUGAUGGACGGGGAGAUGAAAACAGGCAUUACUGACUCUCUGCAAAAAAUUCCGAUUGUGAAAGGAGUAGGAACUGCAGAAUUGACCAAGGAAAUGAUCGAGACCUACAAAACCAUUAACCAACUGGUUGGACAAUCAAUCUAUGUUUCAGUCAGUCUUCUAACUGAAAGUGGCAGUGAGAUGGUGGAAACAGAAAGGAGAGGCAUUCGUAUUGUGACGUCUCCGUACUCCAUCCACUUCAAGAAAACAGCUCAAUUCUUCAAACCUGGAAUGCCCUUCGAUGUCUCGAUCUAUGUAACAAAUCCUGAUGAGACGCCUGCUGAAAAUGUGGCAGUGGAGGUCAAUCCUGGAGGAGUCAGAGGCCAAACAAAAGCCAAUGGUAUUGCAAAAGUGAGAGUCAACACUCGGGGAGACAUUUCCACACUGGAUAUCACUGCACGAACCAAAGAUCCAGAAUUAACAGACCAAGAGCAAGCAGUGAAGAAGAUGACGGCUCAUGCUUAUGUUCCCAAAGGCAACUCUAAAAACUACCUGCACAUCAGCAUUGAUGCUGCGGAGCUUGAGAUCGGUGAUCAAAUGAAAGUUUAUCUGAUGACUGGACAAAGUCCAGGAGUCAAAGAUCAAGAUUACACAUACAUGAUUUUGAGUAAAGGUCAGAUUGUUAAAAUAGACAGGUUCAAGAGACAAGGACAAGCUCUCAUCACUCUGUCUCAACCCGUGACCAAAGACAUGAUGCCGUCCUUCCGCUUUGUGGCUUAUUACCAUGUGGGCUCAGAUGAGGUGGUGUCUGAUUCAGUCUGGGUCGAUGUGAAGGACACGUGCAUGGGAAAGCUCAAGCUUCAGGUGAAGAACAAGCAGAAUACCUAUAGCACAGGAGAGGAGGUCAAGCUGCAAAUAAGUGGAGAUCCUGGAGCCAGAGUUGGUCUGGUGGUGGUUGACAAGGCUUUGCACGUCCUUAACAAGAACAGGCUCACUCAGACAAAGAUCUGGGACGUCAUAGAGAAGCAUGACACUGGCUGUACAGCAGGAGGUGGAAGAGAUGUUAUGGGGGUUUUCAGUGAUGCAGGGCUGAUGUUUGAGUCAAACACUGCAGGAGGAACUGACACCAGAACAGUGACUGAGUGUCCAAUUCCUGCAAAGAGAAAACGAAGAGCAGAGUCACUAGCAGAUGACGACUAUUAUACAGAGUCUGAAGAGAUCGUGUCACGUAGACAUUUCCCCGAGAGCUGGCUGUGGGAGGAGAUUGAUCUGUGCAAUAACUGUCCAGCACCAGUCAGAGAUAAACUUAUCUUCCUAAAAGACCCUACAACUACCUGGCAGGUCUUGGCCAUCAGUCUGUCACCAACACUGGGCAUCUGUGUGGCAGAACCGGAGGAGAUCGUUGUUUUUAAGAGUCUGUACAUUGACCUCAAGAUGCCUUACUCGGCUGUACGAGGUGAACAACUGGAAAUAAAGGCCAUUAUUCACAACUACACUCAAAUGAAGCAUAAGGUGCGUGUGGAGUUCAUGGAGUCAGCGGAUGUUUGCAGUCUUGCCAGUAAGAAAGGAAAAUACAUAACAACAGUAACUGUCCCAAAAGACUCCAGCAUAUCGGUUCCAUAUGUGAUCAUUCCCAUGAAACUGGGCAAUCACAUGAUUGAGGUGAAAGCUGCGGCGUAUGAUGCUGUCUACACUGAUGGAGUGAGAAGGAGCCUGAAGGUGGUGUCUGAGGGUGUGUUGUAUCGGUUGCCGAGACCAAAUGUGGAGCUCAAUCCCAUUAUGAACGGGGAAAGUCCUAUAACUGUUAGGCCUGAUAUCCCAGCUGACCGGGUUCCAGACACUCCUGCUCACACAUACAUUUCAAUAACUGGUGAAGAUACCAGCCAGACUAUGGAGCAGGCCAUCAGUGGAAGCUUCAUGGGUGCAUUUAUUAUCAGGCCGCAAGGAGAUGCAGAGGCAAACAUUAUCAUCACAACUUUAGCAGUCAUCGCCACUCAUUAUCUGGACAGCACCAAUCAGUGGGAUACUGUGGGCGUGAAGCGCCGUGAUGAAGCCAUUGGCCACAUUAAAACAGGUUAUCAACAUCAGCUGAGCUUUCGUAAACCAGAUGGAUCCUACGGCACCUGGAUGGUCAGACCAAGCAGUACAUGGCUGACCGCAUAUGUGGCCAAAAUCUUCACCAUGGCCAAUGAGCUUACUUCUGUAAAUGAAAAUGUGAUCUGCAGCGCCCUCAAGUGGCUGGUUUAUAACAAACAACUGGCAGACGGAUCUUUUAAAGAGGAUACAGCUGUAAUUCGAAAUGAGAUAAUGGGUGGUUUACAGGACAAAGAUAAAGUCUCUCUGACGGCCUUUGUCACAAUUGCCCUGCAGGAGGGCAGAGAGAUCUGUGCUGCACCAGUUGAUAGUGUGCAUGAAAGCAUCAGGAAGGCUGUUGCCUUUUUGGAAGGCCAAAUUACAAGACUCAGCGAUCCUUAUGCUGUUGCGUUGACGUCCUACGCCAUGGCCGGUGCAGACAAACUCAAUAAAGAAAUCUUGAUGAAACACUCCACCUUAGGAGAAGCGGGUAGGUACUGGAAUGUCCCCGGACAGCUGUAUCACACACAGGAGGCCACAUCCUAUGCUGUGCUAGCACUAGUGAAAGCCAGAGAGUUAAAUGCAGCCGGAGAGGCCGUACACUACCUGGGCCGUCAGCACUACUCCAACAGUGGAUUUGCCACUACACAGGUGAACCUCAUGGUGUUCCAGGCUGUAGCAGAGUACCGUACACAGGUGAAGGACAGCCAAAACUUCAACCUGGAAGUUGAGUUGGCAGUUGAAGGAAGAAGCAAACCUACCAGAUAUACCAUCAAAAGAGAUAAUUGGCAUGCUGCACGGUCAGACAAGGUGGACAUAAACAAGCACUUUAAUGUGACUGCGAAAGGAACUGGGAAAGCCACUCUCUCAGUCUUGACGCUGUACUACGCCAGACCUGUUGAGAAGAAAUCCGACUGCACACUGUUUGAUCUGAGUGUUAAAAUAGAGAAAGAGCCUGAAACAAUACAAGGACAAGGAGCCAUAGAAACAUUCAAGCUUACAAUGGAUUUCUUCUACAAGAACCCAAAAUCUCCUGCCACCAUGACUAUUCUGGACAUUGGCAUACCGACAGGAUUUACUGUGGAGACAAGAGAUCUUGAAGAGUUAUCUCAGGGGAAGGAGAAAUACAUUCAGAAAUUUGAGUUGGACAAAGCGCUGUCAGAACGAGGAUCCCUCAUCCUAUACUUAGACAAGGUUUCUAAUAAGGCAUCAGAAAAAAUUGUCUUCAGAAUGCACAAGAUGUUUGAAGUGGGUCUGCUUCAACCUGCUGCAGUCACCAUAUAUGAGUAUUACUCACCCAAUGCACGCUGUACAAAGUACUACCACCCUAAAACAGAUGGUGCUCUAAAAACACUGUGUCAGAGAGACCUGUGCCUGUGUGCUGAAGAAACCUGCAGUUACCAGAAGAAAAACACUGUCAAUGACGAUGAGCGUUUGGAAAACGCCUGUGAUUCUCGCACAGAUUAUGUUUAUAAAGUCACAGUGGUGGGGAUGGUACUGGACAAAAAUAUAGACAUCUACAACUUGAAGGUGGAGCAGGCCUUAAGAGCAGGUUCUGAAAAUUAUGUUGAGGGGUUACUGAGGAUUUUUCAGGCUCAUCCGAGAUGUAGAGACUCUUUGGGAUUACAAGAAUAUAAGUCAUACCUCAUCAUGGGCCCAUCCACUGACCUGACACUUCAUGGUGAACACCUGCAGUAUAGCUUUGGAAUGCAGAACUGGGUUGAAUACUGGCCCACAGUAGAAGAGGGCCAAACCCCGGAGUUUAGAGAGCGAUUCAAUGGGAUCAGUAAACUUACUAAAACACUUCUUGAAAAUGGAUGUCCCACUUAAUUCAAGGCUAUACAUUAGUUUUAUUAACUGCUUAAAAAUGACUGCUAUUGAAGUUUUUAAUCUAUUUUUGGCAAAUAAAAAUUAUAAUAAUAUAAUUAAUUCCAUUGUUUAUGCCAAGACAUUUUCUGAUAAAAUAAAUAUUCAUGUUAUGAAAAGAUGUGCACGUGUGUGUGUGUAUGAAGACUGUAGUAGUGGUGUAGUUAAAUCAAACUACCCUUAAUAAAACUUAGCAAAA